GUAUCCACUUGGCUUCUAUUCAACUGAUCUGCUCUCUCUCUCUCUCUCUCUCUCUCUCUCUCCUCAUAGAAGCUCUAUUUUGACCCUUACCUUAUUCUUACUUAUUGAGAUUUACGUAUGAUGCAAAUCGGCUCAACACUUCCGGCACACAAUCUUCACCUUUUCAGCGCCAAACGUGCCAACUUUCAGUGCUCUGGUUCACCUCUAAACCCAUGCAAGCGCUCUCUCGUCCAAAAGCCUGACAGCUUAUCCACGGAAAUCACUAGGAAGCACCUCUUCAACCUUGAAAAGUUGUUGCAAAAGCAGUCCAAAAAUACGAAUCCGCCUGACUCGGAACCCACAUUAACUGAAUCCACCACUGUUGGAGAAAAUAGGGCCAGAGGAAUCUUAGAAGGGCUGAACUUGACUAGAGUUUGGCCGGAAAUGAAGGCAGCGGAGGAGAUGUCGCCGCGGCAUUUGAACCGGCUGCAGCGGCUAUUGUCCAAGUCGCAGGAAUACUCUCCUAGGAAUAAUCUUGGAAGCCGGUGGCGUGAGUACCACGGAAGCAAUGAAUGGGUUGGGUUGCUCGACCCGCUAGACGAGAAUCUUAGGCGAGAGGUGGUUCGUUUCGGGGAAUUUAUCCAAGCGGCCUACCAUUGUUUCCAUUCCAACCCGGCCACCUCCAUGGAGGAGACUCAGUGGCCCCGCCACGUCGCUCUACCUGAUAGGUCCUAUCGGGUGACGAAGAGCCUCUAUGCGACGGCGUCCAUCGGGUUGCCCAAAUGGGUGGAUGAGGUGGCGCCGGACCUAGGUUGGAUGACCCAACGAUCGAGUUGGAUCGGGUACGUUGCUGUCUGUGAUGAUAGGAGAGAAAUCCAACGAAUGGGAAGGAGGGACAUUGUUAUCGCCUUACGUGGGACCGCCACAUGUCUUGAGUGGGCUGAGAAUGUAAGAGAUCUAUUAGUCCCACUCUCUGAUGAGAAUGAGAAAAGCAAAGAAAUUGAUGGCCAAGUGCUUCAACCCAAAGUGGAAUGUGGGUUCUUGAGCUUGUUCAAAACACGUGGCACUCACGUGCCAAGUUUGGCAGAGUCCGUAGUUGAAGAAGUUAAAAGACUAAUGGAGAAAUACAAAGGUGAAACCUUGAGCAUAACAAUAACUGGACACAGUCUUGGUGCAGCUCUAGCAUUACUUGUCGGGGACGAACUUAGCACUUGCGCGCCCGACGUGCCGCCUCUGGCGGUUUUCUCGUUCGGAGGUCCGCGGGUUGGCAACCGAUCUUUUGCAAACCGACUGAACUCCAACAACGUCAAGGUGCUGCGAAUUGUGAAUUCACAGGACGUGAUCACUCGAGUCCCGGGCAUGUUUGUGAGUGAAGAGCUUGACAAGAAGUUGAGGGAGACGGGGGCCGGAAAGUUGCUUAACACACUUGAUAAUAACAUGCCUUGGGCAUAUGCACAUGUUGGAACGGAACUGAGAAUCGAUACAAAAAUGUCGCCAUUCUUGAAGCCUAAUGCGGACGUCGCGUGCUGCCAUGACCUGGAGGCAUAUUUGCACUUGGUGGAUGGGUUUUUGGCGUCAAAUAGCCCAUUUAGGCCAAAUGCAAAGAGAAGUCUUUGGAGAUUGCUUAAUGAGCAAAGGUCCAAUGUCAAGAGAUUGUACACGAGUAAGGCAAAGGCCUUGAGUUUGAAUAAUCUUGAGAGACAGAUGUCUAUGUCAACUUGUUUGCCAAGUCCAUCUUGAGAUUAGUUAUCACAACAAAUACGGUGGUUGGAGUUGUAGUAAAAUUGAAAAUAACAAGUUUAAUGCAUGUACGUAAUCAACUUGCAUAUUGUUAUGGUGUC